AUGAGUUCUACCAAACCGCCCGUCCACGUGGUGGAAGCAAUACACGCGUUCGUCGCCAAGAUGGGCAUCCGGGAGCCGCGCCUUACGGCGACCAGCGGUUCGCGCAACGGUGACAGCUACUCCGGCGACGUGUACCGGAUCGUCAUCGCACCCGGCAGCCGGGACAUCGAGGACUUUGAGAACAACAACAACACGCACAGCAACCGUAUGCACAACGGUGCCAACGGCGACACCAAAGCGCUCACGGUCGACGCCAACGGGAACGAGGAUGGCGACCAGCUGCACGACGCAGGGCUGGUGUUUACCGAGGUGCCGAAGCCGAUCAGCGUCAUCGCGAAGGUAGCGCCGACGACCAGUUUGCGCCGUUCGCUGUACAACAGCUCCGCACACUUCCAGCGGGAAAAAUACGUCUUCGAUGUGGUACUUCCGAUGUUUCAGCGUUUCCAGCAGGCGCGCGGUAUGCGCACGGCCAAAAGCUUCACACACUACCCGAGCGUGAUCGUGUCCGAAUGCUGCGAAGGCUUCGAGUACAUACUGCAGCGCGAUCUGACCGCGCAGGGCUAUCGUAACUUCCCGCGCACGGAACCGCUCGCGUACGAGGACGUGCUGCUGGUGCUGACCCAUCUGGCCCAGUUCCACGCGAUCUCGUUCGCGAUGCAGCAACAGGCACCGGACGCGUACGCGCAGAUUGUCAGCCAGCUGCAGGAGACGAUCUUUGUGCCACCGCUGCACAGCUCGUUCGUGGACUUUCUGCAGCGUAAGGUGGAUUAUGCGAUCGAGACGCUGCAGCGCAAUCCGGAGACGGGCGAUGGGGCGGUGGCCGAACGGUUGUGCCGGUUUCGGGACGAGUACGGGCAGGCGAUGGUGGACUGCGUGCAGAACCGCGACGACACCGUCAUCUGCCACGGGGACUGCUGGAUCAGCAACAUCCUUUACCGACCGAUGCCGACACAGCGUAACGGUGCCGACGAUGGACACAACAACAAUGGCUUCACCAACCACCAGCAUCACCACCAUCCGGCCGCCAAAGAGCUCAAGUUUCUCGACUGGCAGGUCGCGCGCUGUGCCACGCCCGCCAUCGAUCUGUCCUACUUCAUCUUCUGCUGCACGGACAGUGAGCUGCGCGAACGUUUGCCCGAGCUGCUGCGCAAGUACCACAGCGCGCUGAUACGCCGCAUCGACGAGCUGGGCACGGCUAAUGGACGCGAGCUGUUCCCGUUCGAGCGGCUCCAGAUGCACAUGAAGAAGUACGCCCGAUUCGGCUUCGGCAUGGCACUGAUGACGCUCCACUCGACCUGCUGUGUGGAAAAGGACCUGCCGAAUGUGUCGGCCGCACUCGAAACAACCGAGCUGGUCGACAUCGAUGAGCUCGCGAAGGACAUGCUGUACAAUCCGGCGUACAUCAAGCGAAUGUCGGGCGUCUGUCGGGAUAUGGUACGGUUCGGUUACCUGUGA